AUGAGUAUAAGAAAAUUUCCAAGACCAAUAACAGUCCUAGAGACACCAUUGGGAGAACUGUCCUCAAGUUCCAAACCUGCCUGGCUGUGGAAGAAAGCCAGGAAGGUUAAAAUCUCAGAAGCCGGCUGUAAACUAAGGUGCCAACACACCGAGGACCAGGUGGUGUUUUCUCUGGGAACAUUUCAGAAUGUCAGCAUACCAGAGAAUGGAAGUGUGGAGGUGGUCAUGUCCCGAAUCCCUGCCGAUGUGGCCUUCAUCACACUGCAGUUCCACACUCGAAACAGCAAUGCUACUCUGUCAUACACAAGAAUCCCACUUUAUGGUACCUCAGUCACUGCCUUCGACUCUGGAUUGCUCUUUUCUCUUUUGCCUGCUCAGCCGACUCUGUUCUGCUUCCUGUUGGCUCCUGAUAAUAACACUGUUGCUGGCACCGGGGUUCUACUGCCCUACUCAAGCACUGAUCCAGUCCCGGGUGCCUGCAAUGUGGAGUUCCCAUUGCUGAUUGAUCCAAACAUCUACCUUAGCUACAACAUUUAUGAGACCAUUAUCCACUUUGCUCCAGCAAAUAUUGGAACUGCAAGAGGAGUCUCUGCUCCUGCAUGUGAUGUGGAACCCGUCUCCAGUAAUCGCUGGCGCUUAGAGUAUGAUGUGUUUGAGUACUUUCUGCCCGAGAAUGAUUUAUCAGAACAGACUCUGAUCAGUGGCAUUGAGAGGGUUGCCAAGGUGUCGGGCAUGGUGGAAAACGGGAGAAAGGUGAUGACGCUGUCCUCUCAAGAUCAGACUCGGCUGUCUUUCAACUCCCUCCCAGGACAGGGAGUGAUCUACAGCAUUAUAGUGAGAGACCCCAUUCACAACAGCUUAGCCUCAUACGUGCCUGUUCACACUUACGCCUGCAGCUUCACGGCUAAUCUAGAUGGCUGCACCACAUUAGGAAAAAAAUCCACCAAAGUGUUUUUCACCAUUGCAGGACUUGCGGGACUCUUUUUAUGUUUUCUGGGUCAUCGUUUUUUUAAAACUGAGCUGUUCUGCAUGGGCUUCGGGUUUGGAGCUUUUUUCUUCUUUGUGCUCAUCACAAGAUCCACCACACUGGAUUAUGACAUCCGAUUGGCCCUCACAGCUUUAAUCGGUGUGGUGAGUGGCAUGAUCCUGACGAUGAUCUGGUGGAGGUUUGGCUCAGUGUUGGCCUGUGUUGUGGUGGUGGGACUCAUUCUUGGCUUUCUGAUCUCAUCCAUAGUUUUCUUCACACCGCUCGGAGACCUCCAUGUGUUCCAGAAAGAUGUGGUACUCUGGGUGACGUUCAGUUGCAUCAUGCUGGCCGUGCCUCUGUUUUUUAUCAGAUGGCCAAGAGAGGGUAAUAUAGUGACAUGUGGAGUGAUGGGAGGAUAUUUGGUAGUACUGGCUGUGAAUGCUUACAUCUACACCAGCUUGUCCUACAUUACUCUGGACAUCCUCAAGCGGCUCCUGAACAGUGACUUUAGCAGAGCCUUCAUCUCAGUGCCACUGCAGACCAUUGACUUCAUCCUGAUCAGUGUGUGGGCCAUUCUGGCAGUCACGGGCAUCGCAGUGCAGCUGUACAGGGAGCGCUCGCGUCCCUUCUUCCCGCCGAGCCCGUACGUCAUGUGGCGUCAGGAGCGUGAGAGGCGCAAGACCAAUGUUUUGGACCCAAGUCACCACACGCCAUCUCUGCCUGCCCGUCUGCUGGCCCGUCUCCGCCAGCUCAUGCACCAGCCGGAGUCUGCUGGAGAGCGCACUCCUCUUCUCUUGUGAUCUGGGACUUUUGACUGGUAAGAGUAAGCUCAGUCAGGUAUGAGCGUCAUGGAAAAGCUCGACAGGAGGGACCUUGCUGGCCAGAAGGAGGUACAAGGUACAAGGAUUCUGGGUGUACUAGAAAUAACCUGUUCUGCGCUGAACCCUAGACUUACCUGCCAUAGAUUCUGGCCUUCUGGUCAC